CCGGUUCUCAUUGUCAUACAAACACGGCUCUCUCAAGCCUCUACUCAUGGGCUCAUUAAUGGUCAGAGCUGGGAAGAGCACUUGUCCUGGAGAAACUGGGAGAUCUUGACUUGUAUUUCCCCUUAAAGGCACCAGAUGAAUCCCAGCUAGGAGGGCUAAAUGGAAGAAUAACUACACAGACUACAGACGUGAAGCGACCUUAACAGUAUGAUGAAAAAGCCUUACGAGCCAGAGGACAAGUACAGGCUGGAGAUGGCCACAGCCCAGCCUGCACCCCCAACCCUGACCCGAGGCGAGUGGUCGAACAAAAUUGAGUUCCUUCUGGCUGUUGCAGGACAAAUCAUAGGCUUAGGAAAUGUGUGGAGGUUUCCUUACCUGUGCUACAAAAACGGAGGAGGCGUGUUCUUCAUCCCCUACAUCCUCUUCCUCUUCACCUGCGGCAUCCCCCUGUUUCUCUUGGAGACGUCUCUCGGCCAGUACACCAAACAGGGAAGCAUUACAUGCUGGAGGAAAAUCUGUCCGCUUUUUGAAGGUAUGGGCAUUGGCCAUCAGGUGGUUGUUUUAUACUCCAGCAUCUAUUACAUCAUCAUAUUGGCCUGGGCUUUCUUCUAUCUCUUCUCCUCUUUCAACUCUGAGCUUCCCUGGGCCAGUUGCAGAAACAGCUGGAACACAGAGACCUGUGUGGAGUUUGAUCGAAAGGAUGAUUAUUUGAACUGGACUGUAGCUGCAAAUUCUACAUCACCAGUGAGAGAGUUUUGGGAGAAGAGAGUUUUGAAUAUCACAGGAAGUGUCCAUGAGUUAGGCAGCAUACGAUGGGAGCUGGCUCUGUGUCUUCUGUUGUCCUGGAUCAUCUGUUACUUUUGUGUCUGGAAAGGAGUAAAGUCAACUGGGAAGGUAGUGUAUCUUACUGCCACAUUUCCAUACCUGAUGCUGGUGGUACUGCUUGUGCGUGGACUUACGUUGCCAGGGGCCAUAAAUGGGAUCAAGUUCUACCUCUACCCAGAUCCAUCCCGCCUCAGCGAUCCACAGGUGUGGAUGGAUGCUGGCACACAAAUAUUUUAUUCCUAUGCUAUUUGCAUUGGGUGUCUUACUGCGCUUGGCAGUUAUAACAAGUAUGACAACAAUUGUUACAAGGACUGUGUGUACUUGUGCUUUCUAAACAGUGGGACCAGUUUUGUAGCUGGUUUUGCCAUCUUCUCUGCACUUGGAUUCAUGGCAUAUGAGCAGAACACAGACAUAUCAACAGUGGCAGAGUCAGGUCCUGGCUUGGCGUUCAUUGCCUAUCCUCGAGCGGUCGCCAUGAUGCCUUUUCCUCAGCUCUGGGCGAUUUUAUUUUUUGUAAUGAUCAUCCUACUGGGACUGGACAGUGAAUUUGUUGGACUGGAAGCCAUCGUUACAGCGAUUUCUGACACAAACCCUUCCUUCUUCCACGUUGGCCAUCGACGUAAACUUCUUCUCCUUGCCAUCAGUGUUUUUAGCUUCUUCGUCGGCCUAGUGAUGAUCACAGAAGGUGGGCUGUACAUCUUCCAGCUGUUUGACUACUAUGCCUGCAGUGGGAUGACUCUCCUUCUCUUUGCCAGUCUGCAGUCUUUCUGUAUCGGAUGGAUAUACGGUGCAGACCGGUUUUACGAAAACAUAGAGGACAUGAUCGGCUACAAGCCAACAUCCCUGAUAAAGUAUUGUUUGAAGUAUGUCACUCCAGUAAUAUGCAUGGGAACGUUUGUUUUCUCCUUGAUCAAAUACACUCCUCUGAAGUUCAACAACACUAUUGAGUAUCCUUGGUGGGGAUAUGCUCUCGGCUGGUGGUUUACUCUCUCCUCCACACUCAUGGUUCCUCUAAUUAUGUUGUAUAGGAUGUGCACUACUCCUGGUACACUGCGACAGAGGUUCUCUUUCUUAUGUACUCCAACUGAAGACCUGACAUUGAACAGAUCAGGGAAGAAAGGACUUGAAAUGGUCAAGUUGACCUCAUCUGACGGCGUAGUGUCCUAGUGACAAUGAGCAAACUGGAGCUGCUUCAGAUUUUCCGAACAUCAUGAGUCAUAGAUAAUCAUGCCCUCAAGCCAGUGCUCUGACUCCUUUUACAGCUGUGGUCCCCAAGUGUUUAUGUUAAAACUCGUACCCCCCUGUCCUUGGUUGCUAAAGCAUACUGGUUGCGACCAGUACAAUCUUUGUUUGCAUACGUUUAUAAGGCAUACAAAUUAUCCAUUAACAAAAAAACAAUGCUUUUCUGUCAUUUAAAUAACUGUAAUAAUCAUUUGAGGGUUUGAAUUCUGACAGAAAUAGUGUAAAGAUAAAAUGUCCACCUAACUGUAAAGGGAACAUCUGCUUUUAGCCACAUAUCAUGAUCUUCAAGAAAACAUAUUCAAAAUACUUAAUAGUCCAUCAAAACAUUUUGAAAUAUGUUCUAAAUAGCCAAUGUGAAAUAGUAACAAACAAAGCCUCAAACCUAUUCAGAAAACUCCUGUCGCUGCGAGCUGAAACCACUGAUUACUUUCCUAAUCAUUUAAUCUGUUAGAUUUGACUUACAUUUUUCAGCGACAAAUGCACAUUAAAACUUCCCAGAAUAUGAGGUAACCGUGAAAAACUUAAUAUCCUCACAAUGCAUCAUGUAAUAGUGUUUUGUUGAUCAAUUAAUGUAUCUUUUAGUUGUGUCAGCUCUUUCAUCAAGUGAACCUUAAAACCUGCUUUUCAUAAAGAAACAGCAUGCUUGCAUUCACACUUGUAUUUUAAACUGUUACUUUUGUAAAGAAAAAGUGUUGAGAAAAUUUGUGUUUUGUUUUAUCCAGGUUGUACAACUUCUAGAGUAAAUUAGCCAUGAUAAACACUUGCCAAAUAAGCCAUACAGUUUCAACACUUAAGUCACUUGUAGGUGAAAUUUAAUUUCAAAUUGUGGAUAUAGCUACAUGAAGCAGUAAUAUGAAAGAGGAACGGUUGUCCAGCACUUAUUGUCCGAUUAAAACUUUGGACAUUGCCUGCACCUUAAGUUUAACUUAAAGGUGGGGUAUAGGUAAGUUUGAGAAACCGGCUCGAGAUACACUUUUUGUUAUAUUCCAUCCAUGGAAUGCUCUUAAAGGUGGGGUAGGUAAGUUUGAGAAACCGGCUCGAGAUACACUUGUUAUAUUCCAUGGAAUGCUCUUAACAUGCCGAUAGCAAUGAAUAUCUGAAGUGCUUUGACAAAAAAUCCAUAGAAAAAUGUCAUCUGUGGAAGCCGUAGUACUGUAAAAAGCACGACCAAUGAUUUUAGUAAUUGGAUGGCCUACCUGCCUGUCAGCCUUCCAUCUGUGCACAAACUUAUCUCGUGCCCUCAUUGGUCAUGUGCGCGUUCGUGUGUGUUGGAGGAGGGGCUCUGUAAGGAAGUGGCAGAUUUUUUCCGCUGUGUAUUUUCAAAUUCUAGUGCAUUACCUACCCCACCUUUAAGUGUGUCUGACAUUAGAAUAACUGUCACCAUAAUAAUGUGCAUGUAAUGCACACACAGGAAGGAAACAAUUCAGCACAAGUUAGUGUUUAGUGAAAACAAACAAACUCGAGUUGGGUGUGACAAUGGAAUACCAAUUGAUAAAGAACAACACUGAGAAAGCCUGUUGGCAGAGCCACAAAGAGUAUAUUUUUAACAGAGCUAUUUCGAUUAUAUUUUUACUGAAGUCUCAACUUUACAUUUUUGUACAGAAGGUGCAGGUAGCAUUCAUAUCAUUUUGUAUAUUGUUCUUUUGUAUCAUUGGCAUUAAAAUUGGUGGCAAUAGCCCUUUGUGUAACAUGUAAAUGCUAUAAAAUGACAUUACUUACAUUUAAGGAUCAAAAACUAUUUUGUUCGGCGUUUUUUGCGUCUGUUUUCACAAGAUUUAUGAAAAGAAAAUUGUGCUUGUUUGAUUCAUAUUACUGAUGCAUACUGUAAUGUCUUUAUUUUAUAUAUCAUAAUAAACAAUGUGCCAUACUUUAAA